CACUCCCCUGUAUACUGGACCUUGUGGAGCAGACCCGCUGUGUGUAUACAGGCCUGGACACCACCAGUAUGGAAGACUUACCUGCCCACUGCCCACUGCUGAUGCUGCCCUUUUAAAGUUGUGAAUGCAAAACACACUGAAGAGACUGCAGCCGGCGCGCACCUCCUUGUACAGCUUACGGUGACAUCAUCACAAGCAUGUGUGACAUCACAGGGUUCUAAACCAUCUUCAGCUAGGAUGUCCAUCAUACUAAACUCCUGAGUGAUAGUGGCAGGAAAAUCGCUGUCAUAAGCAACACAGGAGACGCUUCUCAUUAGCUUGAGAGGAUUUUAGAAUAUCCCAGAAUGCCUCUUGGCCACGUCAUGAAUGCCGGGAUUAGUCUAGAGAAAAGGAACAUGAACAUCCAUUUCCAUGUUUUCCUCUGUGUUCUCACCUUCUAUACUCUAUUCUACAUGGCAUGCAGCGUGUGCGCAGGGUUCAUGAGGAUAGAAGAUUUUGAUUGGAUGUUACCAUUUAGACACACAAUUACACCAUCUCUCAGCAGCUCUCAAUAUCUAGUACAUGUGAUUUCUGCAGGAAUAACCUUCUUCCUGAGUGGCCUUCUCUUUGUCCCUGUUGUUGGCUCCAUGGUAUGGGAUUAUUCUGCCACAGUCAUUUUUGUUCAUGUAAUCGUCUGCUGUGCAGUUACGCAAGAAUUUCCUCUCAUGUGGCAGUGGUGGGUGCAAAUAGGUUGUGGACUGUUCCUUAUGAUUUUAUCUGGUCAAACUCUAGCAUACUUCACAUGCAGAAACUCAAGUCAAAGGCAUAUAUCAACUAUCUAACCAGACAACAAAUUAUGUGUCAUAUAUAUGUAUAUAUGGAAAAUAUAUAUACAGGGUCAUUUAUAUGGAUA